AUGCAAGUUUUCAAGAGAGACGGUCGUCACGAAAAUGUUCAGUUUGAUAAAAUAACUACCAGACUUCGAAGAUUAUGUUAUGGUUUAGAUGCCAAACACGUUGAUGCUACUUCCAUCACUCAGAAGGUUAUUCAAGGUGUUUAUCAUGGUGUCACUACUAUUGAAUUGGAUAACUUGGCAGCUGAAACAGCUGCCUAUAUGACUACUAUUCAUCCUGAUUACGCCAUCUUGGCUGCAAGAAUCGCUGUGUCCAACUUACACAAGCAAACCACUAAGCAGUUCUCUCAAGUUGCAAAGCAAUUGUAUGACUAUAUUAACCCUAAAACUGAUAAGCAUUCUCCUAUGAUUUCUGAAGAAACCUAUGCUACCAUCACCAAGUAUGCAGACGAAUUGAACUCUGCCAUUGUGUACGAUCGUGAUUUCAACUACAAUUAUUUUGGAUUCAAGACUUUGGAAAGAUCAUAUUUGUUAAGAAUUAAUGGUAAGGUUGCUGAAAGACCUCAACACUUGAUUAUGAGAGUGGCUGUUGGUAUUCAUGGUGAUGAUAUUCCAAGAGUUAUUGAGUCUUAUAAUUUGAUGUCUCAAAGAUAUUUCACACAUGGUUCUCCAACAUUAUUUAAUGCUGGUACACCAAAUCCUCAAAUGUCCUCAUGCUUCUUGGUUGCCAUGAAGGAUGAUUCUAUCGAUGGUAUUUACGAUACCUUGAAGACUUGUGCUUUGAUCUCUAAGUCUGCUGGUGGUAUUGGGUUGCAUAUUCAUAAUAUUCGUUCGACUGGUGCAUAUAUUGCUGGUACCAAUGGUACUUCGAAUGGGAUUAUUCCUAUGGUUAGAGUCUUCAACAACACUGCUCGGUAUGUUGACCAAGGUGGUAACAAGAGACCUGGUGCCUUUGCUCUUUAUUUAGAACCUUGGCAUUCAGAUAUUUUUGACUUCAUUGACAUUAGAAAGAAUCACGGUAAGGAAGAAAUUAGAGCAAGAGAUUUGUUCCCUGCUUUAUGGAUUCCUGAUUUGUUCAUGAAGAGAGUCGAACAGAAUGGUACAUGGACUUUAUUCUCCCCCAAUGAAGCACCAGGUUUGUCUGAUGUCUAUGGAGAUGAGUUUGAAGCCUUAUACGAAAAGUACGAAAAUGAAGGUCGUGGUAGAUCCACCAUUAAGGCUCAAAAAUUAUGGUAUGCAAUCUUGGAAGCUCAAACCGAAACUGGUACUCCUUUCAUGUUAUAUAAGGAUGCUUGUAACAAGAAAACCAACCAAAAGAAUUUGGGUAUCAUCAAAUCUUCUAACUUGUGUUGUGAAAUUGUUGAAUAUUCUGAUCCUGAUGAAGUUGCUGUUUGUAACUUGGCUUCCAUUGCUUUACCUUCAUUUGUUGAAAAUGAUAGUGAACAUUCAUGGUAUAACUUUGAAAGAUUACAUGAAGUAUCCAAGGUUGUCACCAGAAACUUGAACAAGAUCAUUGACCGUAACUUUUAUCCUGUUGAAGAAGCUAAAAGAUCUAAUUUCAAGAAUAGACCAAUUGCUUUGGGUGUUCAAGGUUUAGCAGAUGCAUUCAUGGCUUUGCGUUUACCAUUUGACUCUCAAGAAGCAAGAGAAUUAAAUAUACAAAUCUUUGAAACCAUCUAUCAUGGUGCAGUUGAAGCAUCUAUUGAAUUGGCCGAAAUUGAAGGACCUUAUGAUUCUUAUGAAGGAUCUCCAGCCUCUCAAGGUUUAUUACAAUUUGAUUUAUGGCAAAGAAAACCUACUGAAUUAUGGGAUUGGGAUUCAUUAAAGCAGAAAUUGGCAAAACAUGGUCUUAGAAACUCUUUAUUGGUUGCUCCUAUGCCAACAGCUUCUACAUCUCAAAUCUUAGGUAACAAUGAAUGUUUCGAACCAUAUACUUCCAAUAUUUAUUCGAGAAGAGUCUUAGCAGGUGAAUUCCAAAUUGUUAAUCCUUAUUUAUUACGUGAUUUAGUUGAUUUAGGUAUUUGGAAUGAUGCCAUGAAGAAUCAUAUUAUUGCUAACAAUGGUUCUAUUCAAACUUUAGCUAAUAUCCCAGAUGAAAUCAAGGCAUUAUACAAGACCGUUUGGGAGAUUUCUCAAAAGCAUAUUAUUGAUAUGGCUGCUGAUAGAGCAGCAUUCAUUGAUCAAUCUCAAUCAUUGAACAUUCAUAUCAAAGACCCAACUAUGGGUAAGUUAACAUCUAUGCACUUUUAUGGUUGGAAGAAGGGUUUGAAAACAGGUAUGUACUACUUAAGAACUCAAGCUGCUGCAGCUGCCAUUCAAUUUACUAUUGACCAAUCCACUAUUUCAAGCGCUGGUACAACUAUUGCUACUUUAGAGAAACUUAACCAAAGAAAGUAUGUUGCUCGUGCUAUGUCUAAUGAGCCAAGCUCUUCCAGUGAACCUAGCUCCACUACCCAAUCGCCUUCACCAUACACUGCAGGUAGUGAACCUACAUCAGUUGAAAAUUCCCUCGCUGAAUUGAAGCUUGAUGAUAAGACUUCAACUCCAACUCCAGUACCUGCCUCUACAACUGAUGCACAAGGUGAAGAAGAAGAAUCUGAAGGAGAUAUCUUUAGUUCAAAGGUCAUCGCUUGUGCUAUCAACAAUCCUGAAUCCUGUACUAUGUGUUCUGGUUAA